UGCGGACACACUAGCGUACGUGCUGCAAUCAGCUGAAUCAUGGAUAUACGCAAGUUUUUCAAGAAAGAGUCAGGGCAGAAGCGAGUGAGAGGGGAGAGAUCUCUACUGGAGAGGGGCAGGCAGAAGGAGAGGCUGAGGGAGAAAAAGGUCAACAGGCAAGUUCAAGUCAGAGAGAGCAAGGAGAGACAGAGGAGCUGCAGCAAAUGGCUCGAGAGACAGAGGAAGAUCAAGUUAUUACAGAGAGAGGAGAGCAAACAGGCCAAGAGAGGGAAAAUGAUGAAGCAGCUGCAGCAACUCAUUCUACUACAGGGUUUGAUUUAGGUGACAAAGACACAGGGCCCAGACAGGUGAAGCUGAAGAGCUAUUCACAUGAUACUUUUGGUACACAGAAGCGAGCAUUUAACCACAGCUGGUUUGAAAAGCACAACUGGUUAGAAUAUUCAGUCAACCAGAAUGCAGCUUUCUGCUUCCCAUGUAGAGUGUUUGGCAAAAACAUCAAACAUGAUAGUUUGUUCAGUAGCGGUUGCAAGAACUGGAACAAAGCUUUAGUCAUCUUUGGCAAGCAUGAGAUGGCUCAAACACAUAAGGACAGUGUUGUUACAUGGAAAAUCUACCAGGGAACUAGCAAA